AUGGCUCCGUUGGAUCAGGGUGGUGUUGUUGACCCCGAGCUCAACGUCCAUGGCGUCAAGGGUCUCAAGGUUGCUGAUCUCAGCAUCCUGCCCGGUAAUGUGGGUGCCAAUACGUGUAACAUAACUAUGGCUGUGGGCGAGAAGGCUGCGGACUUGGUCGCUCGGGACCUCGUGUAG